GUGUCACCCAUGGCGUGGUGGGGUCGCGCCACUGGCCAACCACGGAGGCGGGAAAUCGCAUUGUCGAGAACCCCGGACUCUGCAAAUCACAUUGCCGAGGCGCAUUUCUCACUCCAUCAACGGCAGUUAAACUCGCAUUGGCUUCUCAUUUUCAUCAUCAGAUUAACUGGGAGGCAGGAAAUAGUUCAUCAUGUCAUCCACAUUCGUCACCGGCUUGCUGGCGCUGGGAUCGCUCUUCGCAUCCUCCUUCAUCAACUACUCCCCAUAUAUGGUCAAGACGAUAGCUCCAGGAAACCAAUGGGCAAACACGCCGCUGCAGCUGGUUCAUACACCGGCCUAUGAGACGAAUCAGACGGACCUCUUUACUAAUGGAGCCACGCACAUGGCUCUCGUUCACAAUGCCAUGAUUCGCGGCUUCAAUUCUAUCCACCACCAAGCUCCCCUUGUUGAAGAGAAGCACAAGGCAGACUUUGUCAGCUACUCCAAGGUCUGGGCCAAGUUUGUCAUGUCGCAUCACCACGACGAAGAGGACAACUUGUUCGUUGCUGUCUCUGAAAUUCUCGACGACAAGACCAUCUGGGCUGAUACUCAAAAGGAGCAUGAGUCCUUUGUUGAUGGUGUCAGAGUCUUCCAGGCCUACCUGAACAACCUCAAGGAUGCAAAAGACGUGUCUGGAUCUCGGGUCGUGGCCCUACUCGAUAAGUUUAGCAAGGACUUUGAAAACCAUAUGCAUAGCGAAGUCAAAACCAUUGCUGCCCUUGCAAAGCACCGUAACGCGCCAAAGGAGGGUUCUGCAGAGGCCGAGGUGGCCACGCAGACAUUCAAGACCUGGGGCAAAAAGACCAUCACCAAGGCGGGCAUGGCGGAUGUGCUGCCGUUCUUCCUGCUCAACUUGGACGCAACAUACGAGGACGGACGCUGGGCUUCGUGGCCACCCAUGCCAAAGCCCAUUCGCUGGGCAAUGACCAAUAUUGUUGGCGCUUAUUAUGGCAACUACUGGAAGUUUUCGAGCUGCAAUGCCGAGGGCCAGCCAAAAGAGUUGUUUGUGUACGAAUUUCCAGCUACAAAGACCGAAUAGCAAUGUAUAGAUUAGACCAUGUAUAGCUGAUGUUUAAACGACUCGAUUUCCUGCGUCUUUUCUGGAUUCAUGUAAUUGUAAUUGCAGCUCAAACAAAGCCUAUUAUUCCCAUCAUAUUAUUCUUCCCCUAAACGCAUUCUCUGUACACUCUUCGCGAGCUAUUUACUCUUUGUGUUGACUAACCACAGCAAACUGUGGCUUCCUGUUUACCACUCUGGGACUGUGAGCCUCUGUUUGUUGGUCAGUGUCUGUAAAUAUUAUAAAUUCCGAUUUUGUCCUUACCCAACAGGAAUCGACUCCCAGUUGAACGCGUAGAAGCCGAAAAAGGAUCCGAGCACAAUGCAAAGGAACAAAUAGCCAUUGUAGUACAUGGCCAACCUUCAGAACCCUACAUUAGCAUGGAAUUGAUAUCUUAUGAGCAAUGAUGACUUACAGCAUGACAAUGUAGGCCAGACUAAAUUGCAACAUAUGCAAAAAGGCGCGGAUUGCCUGCUGCAAAACAGACGGUCUUAGUGGAGGCACAGCGCAGGCAUUGCCAACAGCCGCCUCGCCACUACCAACCGAACCAGUCGUCUUUGCACUGGUGCUUGUGGUAGACUGGAACUGUUGUAGAUGUUGUCGGACAAUGAAGCGGUCGUACUCGCGCGCCGAGCGACGCAGAAACUCGAGACAAGCCACGAGGAUAAACGUGGCGAUACAGGCACCUGCAAACUGGCCAGCAGUUUCAAUGUACCAUUGAUCCGUCAAGAAGCAGCUUCCAAUCGUAUUAACAUUGAAGAGCAUCUAUGCCGAAGGACAACAGGUUAGCUCUUGACAUGGCUGCGUUCUACAAGACUUACGGAAAUCUUGCAUUUGCGACCGCCUCCCAUACCGCCCAUACCUCCCAUGGACGAAGGGGCAGAAACUGCUGAGUUAUUGGAGGAGGAUCCAUGAUCCAUGCCGCCCAUAUCCAUAUUGCUGUGAUCCAUGGUUGACUAGUUGAAUGGCGGCGCGAAGUGCUAUUGUGAGUAGGGAUGAUGCUGUGAGAAUUCUAUUUACAAAAACAAACCUGACAAUAAACCCUAUUUAAAUUAUUCUCUCUUUCAACGUAAAAUGUCUUUACGCGUCAAGGCGCACACGAAGAAACUUUAUCCGUACCCUGUGGCGGCGUGCGAUUGAGCAAGUUUCCACGCGCGACAGUCCGAGGUUUUCCCUAUAGCACAACAUAAUAUAAUAUCUUGGUACUGGAUCUACUAUAUAACCAGCCCGUAAUAUCAGCCAAAAGAUUGGUUCCGCAACUGGCCAGUCAGGCGACGCCAAGAGUGUGGCAUGUCACUUCGACCAAGAGUUUGAGAUAGAUGGAGAACGGCUAAAGAACAAAACAAGCGCACUGUUUGAAAACUCGACAAACGAGUUUCAACACUGUUUUCGAUACAGUGAAUAUCACGAGAAAUUCAGAAGACAAAAAGAAAUGGUCUGAACAGCAGUGUGAGUGGCUUCCAAACU